GCACCGGCGGCGUAGGUGUGAAUUCCCGGAAGAAAGUUUUGACGGGAGGGCGGAGUCGUAGGGGAAAUUCAGCUCCCUUCCAGUAAAUAGCAAGUCGAGCAGGGGGAGAGAGAGAGAGAAGUUGCGGGGGAUCGGCGGUAGCGUUUGGGCUUUGCAUGGACUUGGAACCGAGCAGAACGGCGAUAAAAGUCCUGGCAGAGAGGCAGUGGCGGGUUUGGAAUUCUGACAGGUACAAAUAAUUCUGACAAAAUGAAUAAACUCCAUCAAGAAACAGAGGAGGUUCUGGAGAUCAUGCAUGUAAAUGUGGAUAAAGUAAAGGACCGGGGAGAGAAACUGGAAGUUCUCGAUGAAAGAGCCCAAUGUCUGAUGGAAGCUGGCAAAACUUUCCAGAGGUCAGCCAAAGUCGUGGCUCAGCAAGAAAAGAAUAACAAUAGGAAGUGGAAGCUGAUUGUGGGAGGAGCUGUCAUCCUUGUUGUCCUCAUCGUCAUUAUCAUCAUCAUCGUUUUCAGCGUACCAUCUCAAUGACCCUCACCUCCACUCAGUCCUUCCCCAAGUCCGGACCAGAAGCAAUAAACAUUGGAGUCAAAAAGCAAAUAAAAACACCACAAACUGCACACGUUGGAAAUCUGCAAUAAAAUCAGAAACUUCAGGAGACACUCCGCAGGUCAGGCUGUAUCUGUGGAGAGAGAGAAACAUGGUUAACGUUUCAACGGUUUUAAAACUAUUUCCAGCAACCUUUGUGAUCUGGACCGCUUUUCUUUUCUUACUGGAUUGAAAAUCAUUAUCAGAAUUUGUCAUUAGAGACAUCUUCUGUGUGAGCUGCCUUAACUGUGGUACCGAGAAACCAAAAUAGAGCAAGGAUUGACAGCUAACAUGGUUUUAUUGUGACCUAUAAUUUUUUUAUUAUUUAUCCAUGACAAACUUUGUAUUAAAAAUAAUAUAUCAAAUUUUUACCCUGA